AUGGUUUUUAACUUAGAGGAAUUUUUGAAUGCACCAGACGCGCGGUUACUUCAAACACUAAAGAAAGAUGAAUUGUUUGAAUUUGUGUCAAAAUUUCACUUGAAUGUAAAGCGCAGUGCUCGGAAAAUAGAAAUCAAAAAUGUUGUGAUUCAGUAUUUAGUUCAGAGAGGUAUUUUAGAUGAUAGUGCAUUGUCAUUGGUUGAAGAUUUGAAAUCUAGUGAAAUUGAAAAGAGAAAUUUUGAAUAUGAAUUAGAGUUUAAGAAGUUAGAAAUUGAACAGGAGAGAGAAAGGCAGGCAUUUGAAAGAGAAAAGAGAGAAUAUGAAAAAGAGAAAAGUGCGCAAGAUCGAGAACAUGAGUUACAGAUUAAGAAAUUAGAAUUUGAGACUCAAAAGAUAAAACAUGAGUUAGAAAUUGAAGCUAAGGCCAAAUCAAAAUCUGACUUUGAUGUGACAAAGAACAUAAGACUUGUCCCUAAGUUUCAAGAGAAAGACGUUGACAAAUAUUUUAUUCAUUUUGAGAAAAUAGCAGAAAAUUUGAAAUGGCCAAAAGAAUUCUGGCCACUAUUGUUACAGAGUGCAUUUGUUGGGAAAGCGAGGGAAGUCUACAGUGCUUUGUCACUUCAGCAAAGUACAGAUUAUGAUGUUAUUAAGAAAAGUGUCUUAAAAGCAUAUGAACUUGUACCAGAAGCCUACAGACAGAAAUUUAGAAAUUACAAGAAAUUCAAUGAACAGACUCAUGUUGAAUUUGCGAGAGAGAAACAAAAUAUGUUUGAGAGGUGGUGCACUUCUAAAAAUGUUGGAUCAAACUUUGAAAGGUUGAAACAGGUCAUUUUGAUUGAGGAAUUCAAAAAUUGUAUUCAUCCUGAAAUUAGAACCUAUUUAGAUGAACAGAAGGUUGAGACUCUUGAGCAAGCUGCGACUGCGGCUGAUGAUUAUGCACUAACACAUAAGGUAUCUUUUGUAAAACUCGGAACUAGUCAACAGAAGAUGACCAGCUAUGACAGUUCUCGAGGGGGACCAGACACUUCACAGGUAAUUCAACCUAAGAUGGCGUACUCUGAGAUAAAAGGUAGGGACAAGAAUAAUGAAACCUUAAAGCAGGUACCCAUUUGUAAUUAUUGCAAAAAGAAGGGUCACAUUAAGUCUGAAUGUUGGGCAUUACAGAGGAAAAAACCUGUAAGUAAUGAUAGUAAGCCAAGUCCCACGGCUCUUACAUCUGUCCAAGGUAAGGUUUCCUGUAGUCAGUUUGAGAACACUGCUGUUAAGUCUGUAGAGCCAGAGUCUGAUGUUCUUAGAGAGGAAUUUAAGCCUUUUGUAUUCAAUGGUUUAGUGUCGGUGGGUACCGACUUGCACCCUAUAAGAAUUUUAAGGGAUACAGGUGCUUCUCAGUCUUUGUUACUAGAGGGCGUGUUGCCACUGUCUGAGAAGACACAUACUGGUUCUGAAGUGCUGAUUCAAGGUGUAGAAUUAGGACUUAUGAAAGUUCCUCUUCAUGUUAUAGACUUGAAGUCAGAUUUAGUCUCUGGGUCUGUGGUCGUAGGUGUCAGACCUACUUUACCUGUUAAGGGAGUUUCUCUUCUGUUAGGUAAUGAUUUAGCUGGGGGUAGGGUGGUACCUGACCCAAUCAUUUUUGAGAAGCCUAGUCUUAUAGGAGAGAUAGAGGAGGAGAAUAAAGAGUUAUUUCCUUCAUGUGCUAUUACAAGGGCUAUGGCAAAGAAACUAGGACAUGCUGAACAGACGGUAAGUCAGAAGUUAGAUUCAGUAAAGGACUUGUCUAUAGAUCUUGAUGAGACAUUUUUGUCAGCUAUGUUAGAUUCAGAAAGUUACAUUUCCUCAGAGGAUCAGCAGUCUAAAGGUGAUGUAUUUGGUUUACAGGAAAUGUUAGACAACACACCUCUUACUAGAGAUAAUUUGAUAUCUGAACAAGAGUCUGAUGUUGAAUUACAAGGUCUUAUGGAACAGGCUUUGUCUCCAGAGGAGGCAGAGAAGGUCCCUGUUUGUUAUUAUAAGAAUCAGGGUGUACUCAUGAGAAAAUGGCGUCCCCCUGAUGCUUCAGUAGAGGAUGAGUGGCAAAUCCACCAUCAAAUUGUAGUACCUAGAGUAUAUCGGAGAACAGUCAUAGGGCUUGCCCAUGACACACCAAUGUCGGGUCAUUUGGGAGUCACAAAGACCUACAAUAAGGCAUUGACUCACUUCUUCUGGCCUAAGAUGAGAAGGGAUAUAGUCGACUAUUGCAGAUCUUGUCAUGUCUGCCAAGUAGUGGGAAAACCUAAUCAAAAAAUCCCUCCUGCUGCUUUAAAGCCUAUCCCUGCUUUUGAUGAACCAUUUACCAAGGUCAUUAUAGACUGUGUGGGUCCCUUACCUAAAACCAAAGCUGGUAAUCAGUACCUGUUGACAAUAAUGUGUGCGUCGACACGCUUCCCUGAAGCAAUUCCACUGCGAAACAUAAAGUCUAGAACCAUUGUCAAUGCUUUGACCAAGUUUUUCACCAAUUUUGGUUUGCCCCAGUCAGUACAGUCUGAUCAAGGUUCCAAUUUCACAUCCCAGGUCUUUAAGCAGGUAAUACAGGAGUUAGGGAUUAAGCACCAUACAUCUAGUGCAUACCAUCCAGAGUCCCAGGGGGCUCUUGAGAGGUUUCAUCAAACCUUAAAAACUAUGAUUCGAACCUAUUGUUUGUCUAAUGAGAAAGAGUGGGACCAGGGAAUCCCCUUUCUUUUAUUUGCUGUUAGGGAUGCAAAACAAGAAUCAUUAGGUUUUAGUCCCUUCGAACUUGUAUAUGGUCACACUGUGAGAGGACCAUUGAAAUUGCUCAAAGAGAAAUGGUUGGUUGAAGAGAGUGAGAUAAAUCUAUUAGAUUAUGUAGCAAAGUUCAAAGAGAGGCUCAGUCAGACUUGGACGCUAGCCAGGGAAAAUCUAAAGGUAAGUCAAGACAAAAUGAAAACCUGGUAUGACAAACGUACCAAAACGAGAACAUUUAAGUCAGGAGACCAAGUCCUUGUCUUGCUACCAAUUCCAGGUCAGCCUUUACGUGCUAAAUACUUUGGCCCCUUUGAAGUUGAACGAAAGGUCAAUGACUUGAAUUACAUUAUUAAGACACCAGGUCGACGCAAGAGCAAACAGCUCUGCCACAUCAACAUGAUCAAACAGUAUCAUGACCGAACUGACAUAGAUCACCCUAAGGUAGAAUCAGUUGCUGCUUCAAGCACUGAAGUUAAGUCAACCCAAGAACAAGACCAACUUGCACAUGAGUAUGAUCAGUCUACUCCUAAGUUGAAAAACUCUGAUGUUUUGUCAGACUUAGAGUCUAAACUUAACCACUUGCAGGAGAACGAAAAAGAAGAGCUUAUGUCUCUUAUACAAGAAUUUUCACAUUUAUUCCCGGAUGUUCCUAAAAAGACCAAUCUUGUAUACCAUGAUAUAGAUGUUGGGGAUGCAUCUCCCAUUAAACAACAUCCUUACAGAAUGAACCCUGAAAAACAAGAGCACUGUAAUGCGGAACUGGCUUAUAUGUUAGAACAUGACAUAAUUGAGUACAGUAACAGCCCUUGGAGCUCCCCUUGUCUCCUUGUUCCCAAGCCAGAUGGGUCGUUCAGAUUCUGUACUGAUUUCCGCAAGGUCAACACAAUUACCAAAACUGACUCUUACCCAAUUCCCAGAAUUGAAGACUGCAUCGAUAAAAUUGGUCAUGCCAAAUAUGUAAGUAAAUUCGAUCUUUUGAAAGGGUAUUGGCAGGUCCCAUUGACCGAGAGAGCGAAAGAGAUUUCAGCCUUCGUUACCCCAAAAGGUUUCUACCAAUAUAAGGUGAUGCCUUUUGGGUUAAAAAAUGCCCCUGCAACCUUUCAGAGGAUGAUCAAUCAUUUACUUAGUGAUGUAGAUGCAAGUGAGGCAUACAUUGAUGAUGUGAUAGUGUAUAGUAACACUUUUCAAGAGCAUUUGUCCCACAUCAGGGCAUUAUUUGAGAAACUUUCAGAUGCAAAUUUGACUGUAAGCCUUACAAAAACUGAAUUUUGCCAUGCUGUAGUUGAAUAUUUAGGCCAUAUUGUUGGUAACGGCCAUGUUAGACCAGUGUUUGCAAAGGUUGAGGCAAUUGUUAAUUUUCCAGCACCUCAAUGUAAGAAAGAACUGAUGAGAUUCUUGGGAAUGGCGGGGUACUAUAGAAAAUUUUGCCCUAACUUUUCGACCAUUGCUAACCCAUUGACCUGUCUCUUGAAAAAGAAUAGCAAAUUUAUUUGGGAUGAAUCAUGCCAACAGGCCUUCCAACAAAUCAAAACAGUUCUCAUGGUCUCUCCGGUUCUUUCAUCACCAGAUUUUGAUAAAGAAUUUUUGUUGCAAAUUGAUGCUAGUGAUGUGGGUUGUGGGGCAGUUUUGUUACAAGAAGAUGAAAAUUGC